AUGAUCGUAAUUGUCGACGACCGGCGCGCCGUGCUGGACGCGUAUCGGAGCAUGUUUUCGCGUAUUGGGUAUUCCGUUUACGGGAUGAAUUCAUCGGAAAUACAGGACUGGCUUGAGUCGUCACCUUCGGAAGAAGUGCAAACGAUCCAGUCUUUCUUGGUUGGACAAACAAACGACGAAGACACGCUGAUCAAUGCGCUGCGUGCCAAGACGCGCGUGCCGAUCAUCGCCAUGCUCGAGACCGGCUCCCUUGACGAGACCCUGCAGCGCUUCGACAUCGGCGCCGACGAUGUGGUGCGCAAGCCCGUCCAUGUCCGCGAGAUACUCGCGCGCAUCUCGGCCAUCCGCCGCCGCUCCGAGCAGAGCAAGACCUAUAUCGACUGCGGCCGGCUGCGCGUCUUCAUGGACGGGCGCGAUCCGCUCAUCGACGGCAAGCCCUUCCCGCUGCCGCGCCGGGAGCGCCGCGUUCUGGAGUAUCUGGCCGGCAAUGGCGAGCGCCGCGCCUCGCGCACCCAGGUCUACAACGCCGUCUACGGCGUGCUCGAAGACCAUGUCGAGGAGUGCGUCAUCGAGAGCCACAUCUCCAAACUGCGCAAGAAACUGACCCGCAUUCUCGGCGUCAACGUCAUCGAUUCGCGCCGUUAUCUCGGUUACCGGCUUUGCAUGGAUUCGCUGCGCACGCCGGUGCCGACCGCCCAGCCCGCCGCAGAGCAGCCUCAGGCAAGUUUGGUCGUGUAA